CAAGUGUUCUCCCGUGUAUACAAGCGUCUGUCAAAUUAGCACUUUCUUUUAAUAUAGAAUUUUUUAAUUUGGUUUCAAUGAAACUUAAUUAUCCUCAUCCGUAUACGAACCGCCAUAACUAAGUUGAAUUGUAUGUGUCAACUAAACAAUUUUUCACGACUUAACCUAAAACACAGCUGGUUGUAUUCGAUUUCUCUCAAAGUGUCAAAUUAACCGGAUGGCAAAAAUGGGUGACAGAAAAACAAACUCUAACGUUACUUUUCACCCGAUUAUCACUCCCGUGCAAAAAAUUGCCCUUUACGAAACCAAAUCUCAUUUCUUUCUCAUAGGCUCGAAUAACACUCUAACGCACUUUCGUGUUUUGAAAAUCGACAGGACGGAACCGAAAGAUUUAGUCAUAGUGGACGAUAAAAUUGAGUACACUCAAGAUGAAAUAAGAGAUCUCGUAAAAAUGAUUGAUACUGGUAAUAAAAGCCGCUCCCAUCAGAGAGGCAAUUCCGGUGGAGUCACAAAAAUUGUAUCUGCUUUUGGUAUUAUUGGAUUCAUUCGUUUCUUAGAAGGCUACUAUGUCAUUCUCAUAACAAAAAGAAGAAGAGUUGCAGUCAUUGGACAUCAUACUAUUUAUAAAAUCGAAGACACUACAAUGAUAUACGUGCCAAGUGAUUCUGUGAGACUUUUUCAUCCCGAUGAACAGAGAUACGUGAAGAUGUUUCAAAGUAUCGAUCUUAGUAGUAACUUUUAUUUCAGUUAUUCUUACGAUUUGACUCACACUCUGCAAAGCAACAUGACUUUGCCGAAACGCAUUAGCAAUGAAAUUCCAAAAAGUUUUUCGAGUCUUUGGAGCAAAAACAAAUCCAUUCCUGAUUCUGACUUUUUUAAUAUGUGGACACAUUCAACGAAUGAUGUGACAAAUGAAAAAGAAAAAAUUCAUUAUGGCAUUCGAAAUAGUUUUCAUAGGCGUUUUGUUUGGAAUACACACUUGUUAUCACCAGUUGAAAUCAAUUUACAUUCAGAUUGGAUAUUAUACAUAAUACACGGUUUCAUUGGUCAAUCGAAUAUUAGUGUUUUUGGAAGGUCAUUGUAUGUGACGAUCAUAGCCAGAAGAAGUAACAAGUAUGCUGGAACCAGAUUUCUUAAACGUGGUUCCAAUUUUCAUGGCGAUGUCGCAAAUGAAGUAGAAACAGAGCAAAUUGUUCACGAUUCUGGUGUUAGCUCAUUAAACAAUGGUCACUUUAGCUCUUUUGUGCAAAUGCGUGGCUCUGUGCCCUCUCACUGGAGUCAAGAUGUCAGUAAAAUGGUUCCCAAACCAACUAUUACAAUAGACUUGUCCGACCCCUUCAUAGAUACUGCUGGAGCUCAUUUUAAUGAUCUUUUAAAACGAUAUGGCUCACCCAUAAUUAUACUCAAUCUCGUCAAAAAAAGGGAAAAGAAAAAGCACGAGAGCACAUUAAGCGAAGAAAUGAACAUAUCAGUUAAAUAUUUGAAUCAGUUUUUACCCACAGAGCAUUAUAUUCAGUACAUAAGUUUUGACAUGGCAAGAAAAAAUAGAGCCAAAGAAGCAAACGUCAUGGAACGGCUGGAAAACAUUGCAAACAAUGCAGUACUUAAAACAGGACUUUUUAUAUCGUCUAAUGCAUAUUUCAAUAAGUUGGAUUUGAAUUACCAAUUGAAAAAUCCAAGUAGCAAUUGUUUGAAAAAUUUUUAUCUGACAAACGAUAAGUCAAAGCAAGUUUCAGCAGACAAAGGAAUUCUUCAAACUGGCAUUAUAAGAACCAACUGCGUUGACUGCUUGGAUAGAACAAAUACUGCACAAUUUGUCAUUGGAAAGUGCGCGCUAGGCUAUCAGUUGUAUGCCCUAGGUAUCUUGAAUACACCAAAGCUUGAAUUUGAUACCGAUUGUGUGCGCAUGCUAGAAGAACUUUAUGAAGAUCAUGGCGACACUUUGGCUUUGCAAUAUGGAGGCAGUCAACUGGUCCACAGAAUAAAAACGUACCGAAAAACUGCUCCUUGGACUAGUCAGGGAAACGAUAUUAUGCAAACUUUGAGCAGAUACUACAGUAAUACUUUUAGCGAUCAGGAAAAGCAACACACAAUAAAUAUAUUGUUGGGUCUAUUUAUACCUGAAGAGGGGAAACCACCAAUUUGGGAAUUUCCGACUGAUUAUUAUUUACAUCACAAACAUGCUUGUAAAUAUUUUAGAAAAUCCAAUACUUUAACGCAAUGGUGGGACAAAAGUAUGACGAGAUGUCUUCCGUAUGCUUACUGGGAUGUUACAAAAACGUGUGCAGAAGUCAUCUUGGUGCAAGACGCAAAAGAGGAAAUGAUCGAUGUAUAUUACGACUACUAUAGGCCGUACGAGUUAUCUUUGCUAUCUGAACUUUUUUCAUACCAAGUAAGCCACUCUGUGCGAGAUUUUAUGCCACAUUUUACAACAGACUUCAGUCCAUUUGCGGUCAGAGUGAGACCUGGCAAAAGAAGAGAGGAGGCUGGAAAUAAAAACGUCAACAUUAAAAACCCCUCGCUGUCUGGGCAGAGUAGUACAAGCAGCACUGCGUCUAGUGCCAGUUCGAGUAUGUCCAGCUCGGACGACGAAGAAAGUCAGGAAUUAAUAGAUUCUCAAAUCACUAUGUCGAAAAACAGCAUGGAACUGAGCUUUGAAAUACUUUUUCCGCCAAUGAAAGAAGUAUACGGAACACAGCCUACUUGUCCAAAAAGAAAUGAUGUACAUUUGUAUAAGAAGUUUGUGUUAAUGGCAAUGAGGAAUACAGUGUAUGGAGAUGACAAUGCAAAAGCUCACUUCAAAUUUUCUAAUUCAAUAAAACUUUUUGGUAGCGAUGCACAUAAUUCUGAAUCGAAAAAUAAUGGUCACGAUAAUACUGACGAAAAUAUUUACAAACAGUACGUCGAAAUGGAAAGACUUGGAGGAUCUUUGCUCGAUUCUUGUGACAUAAGUCUGUAUGAACGAUAUGCGCAUCGACAGCAACUUCACCUAGGCAUUUCUUAUCCUGAUUUAUGUUGAUACAGCGAAAAGUUAUUGAAUUAAUGAAAGUCUUCAUAGAUCUUUACGUAAUUUUCAACUACAGAGGAGAAAGUAGGAGGUAGCGCCGCAAAUCUAACGCGUUUGCAAGACGUCAGUAACGACGCAGAUUCGACGUAGCCUC